CCCGGAGAUCUUCCGAGGUGUCUCUCUCUUGCAGGUACCCUCAAGACCAGACUGUCGGAUGGUAGGAAGACGCCUGAGCCUGCUCAGGCCCUUUCAGAAGAAGACGGAAGGCCCUGGGAUUACCCCAGCACAACACCCUGAGGAGGUGGAGCAGUUCCAGCCCCUGCAGGAGGAUCCAGGCCAGAACCGGACACAAGAGCAGGACUGUGCCCGUGACCACUUCCACAGAGCUGAUCAGAGAGUGCGGAAAUCCAUGGGCAAUCGGCGUAGAAAGACCAGGACAUCAGCAACCAAGGUCAUGGCACAACCUGACCCCACGCCGACUGAGCUCAAGGCAGACCCUGAUGUUGGCACCGCGUCAGUUGAUGGCACAGCAAACUGUGACACCGCGGUGACCGAUCACGUGACAAACUCCAGCAUGGCACUGCCUGAGCUCACCAUGGAGGCUGAUGGUGCAGGGACUGAGGGCAUCGCAGAUGCUGACAGCAUACCCAUUGAGUACCUGCCCGAUGCUCCCAUUCUGGACGUUCUUGGGGAGAGAGUUGUCUCUGCUCAAGUAGCCAUAGACCCAGACAGUGACAUGGAGCGGAGACCCCCCAGAGUGCCCAAGUUGGCCUGGGUGAAAAAAGGGGAGGAGGAAAGCCCUGGGGCUGCCCCAGCACUGCAGCCUAAGAAGAUGGAGCAGCUCCAGCCCCUGCAGGAGGAUCCAGGCCAGAACCAGACAAAAAAGCAGGACUGUGCCCGUGGCCGCAUCCGCAGAGCUGAUCAGACGUUGCAAAAAUCUGUUCCUGUUCGCCGUAGAAAGACCAAGGCCUCACCAACUGAAGUCUUGGCACAGCCUGAGCUCAACUCAACCAAGCUCAAGGCCAAGGCCGAUGCCCCAGAGACUGAGGGCAUCCCAGACGCAGACAGCACACCCAUUCAGCGCCUGUCUGAUGCUCGCAGUCUGCAUGUUCUUGAGAAGAGAGUUGUCUCUGCUCAAGAAACCAGGAAGGCAGACAGAGACAUGGAGCGGAGACCCCCCAGGGUGCCCAAGUUGGCUUGGGUGAAAAAAGGGGAGGAGGAAAGCCGUGGGCCUGCCCCAGCACUGCAGCCUAAGAAGGUGGAGCAGUUCCAGCCCCUGCAGGAGGAUCCAGGCCGGCACCAGACAAAAGAGCAGGACCGUGCCCGUGGCCGCUUCCGCAGAGCUGAUCAGAGUCUGCAGAAAUCCAUGGGCAUUCAGUGUAGAAAGACCAGGGCCUCAUCAUCUGAAGUCAUGGCAAAGCCUGACCCUAGCCCAAUGGAGCUCAAGGCCAAGGCUGAUGCCCCAGGGACUGAGGGCAUUGCAGACGCAGACAGCACACCCGUUCAGCGCCUGCCUGAUGCCCCAAGCCUGCAUGUUCUUCGGAGGAGAGUUGUCUCUGUUCAAGAAACCAGGAAGGCAGACAGAGACAUGGAGCGGAGACCCCCCAGGGUGCCCAAGUUGGCUUGGGUGAAAAAAGGGGAGGAGGAAAGCCGUGGGCCUGCCCCAGCACUGCAGCCUAAGAAGGUGGAGCAGUUCCAGCCCCUGCAGGAGGAUCCAGGCCUGUACCAGACAAAAAAGCAGGACUGUGCCCGUGGCCGCAUCCGCAGAGCUGAUCAGAGGGUGCGGAAAUCUGUUCCUGUUCGCCGCAGGAAGACCUGGGCCUCACCAACUGAGGUGUUGGCACAGCCUGAGCCCAACCCAACCAAGCUCAAGGCCAAGGCUGACGCCCCAGGGAAUGAGGGCAUCGCAGGCUCUGACAGCACACCCAUUCAGCGCCUGCCAGAUGCUCCCAAUCUGGACUUUUCUGGGGACAGAGUUAUCUCUGCUCAAGUGCCAGCUGUGGUGAGGUCUAUCCAUCGGUGGCUGACCUCCAAUGUGUCUGCUGGGCACGUGCUGGAUAAGACCCUUCUAGCACUGACUGAGGCACACCCCAUGGAUGUCGCCAUCACCCUCCUGCGCUGUGCCCCCUUGUGUGACAGAGCUGCUGCAACCAUGUGGAGGACCAUCGCCUCAUCAGGAAAAACACUGGGGAAGGUGCUGCCAACACUGCUCCGCGUGAUGGAGGACUGGCCAUGGCACAGCACAUCUACCUCUGAUGGGGACAACACAGCCAUCUUUGCCUUGGCUGCAACUCUGGCACUGUGGAUGAUUGUCCAAGAGCCCCAGUGCCCAGGGCCGUUGAUGGACUAUUCCCCCCAUCUCCUCGUGGCUCUGCUGUUCCAAAUCUUCAUCACCACAGAGCAGAUAUCAGAGGAGGUCGACAACUUCUGGAGGGGAUGCCAGGAGCAACAUGACCUUCCCACCAACCCCAACAGGUUUGCAGUGCUGACCAUGAAGGCCUUGCUGUGCUGUCUGCACUGUGAGGAUGUGGUGAAUUCGGUGGAAAACAAUCGUGGCUGGGCGAGGCUCCUCAAUGCUCGCAGCCGCCGCUACGCAGCGGCUCUGCUGGCCAGGGAGAUGCGCCGUUUCUCCAGCCCCUUGUGUUCCCGGAUCACACUCCACCUGCUGGAGCUGCUGCGCAGGGAGGAGCCGUGCUGGGACCUCCCUGCCAUGGCAUUCCUUGUGGAGGUCCUGGACUGCCUGGACACGAGAGAACGUGGUGACAGGGUCCUGGAGAUCCUUUCAAGGAACUUGGGGAGCACGAACAAAAAGUGGCGUCAACUGGCGCUCAGAGUCCUCGUAGCACUCAGCCAGGAUCCCGAGAUGGCCAAGAGCAUCUGGAGCCUGAAUGAAAGCCUUUUGCAGCUACUGGGGGAUGCAGACAGAGAUGUGGUUUGGAUGACCCUCUCUGUGCUCAACAACAUGCUCUGGAGCCAUCUCUGGACACAGCUCCAGAAGAGAGUCCACAGCGAAGACCCCCUAAUAUCCACCCCCACUGCCCUGCAGUUGGCUGAGGCGCUCCAGCCACUCUUUGACCACGAUGACAGCAGUGUGCGGGAGGGCUCCAUUGUCAUCUUCACUCUUUUGAUGAAACUGAUGGAGAGAGUGGGAAAGAGGCCCCUGAAGCCACACGUGUGCCUGAGCCUGCUCCCGCUCUACUUCCACCGGUAUGAUGAGAACCUGGUCGUGAAAAAGGCCUCUCAGAAAGCACUGCUGGCUGUGACCAGGUUCCUAAAGAGGAGGGAUCUUGGGCGCCUGGUGAACACAGAGGAGCCAUGGAAGUUUGGCGAGUGCCUGCUGAAAAGGGACCUUAGCCGAGUGGCCAAGUACGUUCACCAGGCCCUGCCGUACUUGCGGAGCCCACAGCAACCCCUGCGAGAGGCAGCCAUCAAGUUCAUGGGGAUUGCCGGGGGGUACCUGAGGGGACAGCACAAAGAGCUGCAGCUCAUCAUUGACGCCCUUCAAGCCACGAGAGAUGACAGGAGCCCAGCUGUCUCAAACCUGGCACUUGAAAACAUCAACUUUGUUAGAGCUGUACAGAGAGCUAGAGCUCCCCCCUCCAGGUUCCAGCAGCUCCAAGACCAGCUCUGCAGGGCAUGGAACAGCCUGCCUUCUCUGUGGGGCUGUGUCUGCUCUAGCUGUGUAGAGAGCUGAUCCUGGCAGCUCUGUCUGUUGGAGCCACCUGAGCCUGUGGGGAAGAUGCUUCUUCUCCGCAAGCCUUUCUUUUUAACUUAGUAUAGGAAUAUUAAAUAAAUAAUGUCAUACACAGAA